UUGGACAGUAAUGAUCUUCAUGCAGUACAGGAUGUUUGUGUUUCUGCAGACUCUGUACUAACACAGACACCAGUGUCAUUUGGUGUAGAGGCAUCUAAAAUACACACUACACUGUUUCAGUCUACAUCUGCCAUGACUUUGGAAAGUAAUGUUCUGGAGAAAAAAGGAUCAGAUUGUUACAAGCAGUAUACAUCGCUUAUCUAUGAUUGUAUUGAGCUUAAUUCUUCAAGUGAUGAAGAAGGAGUACAGUUUGCUGAGAAUUCAUCUGUCCGCUUACAUGAUGGAGAUCAAGUAACUCUUCAUGAUGUUAUCACAAAUCUUGCCCUACAAAUAGAUGAAGAUGCAGUUUCAAAGUUCAAUAUUGAUAGAAUAAAUAUAUGGGAUGGUGCACUUCGUGGAUUUAAGCGCAAAACAUACAAGCCAGAAAAUAGAAUGUCUGUAAUGUUUACUGACUCAGAUGGCAACUCGGAAGGAGCUGUGGACAGAGGUGGUCCUACAAGGGAAUUUCUAACUUUAUUAAUGCAGACACUACAUAACAGUAAAAUAUAUGAAGGUUCAGAAGACUGGAAAAAUUUGACCUGCGAUUCCCAAGCAUUACGUGAUGAUGAUUACUUUCUGGCUGGAAGAAUUAUAGCCAUAUCUUUGGUGCAUGGCGGACCAUCCCCCAACUUUUUUUCUCGGACAUUAUAUGACAGUCUAGCCUAUGACCCUCAGCAGGUCACACCUUCUGUGAAAGACAUCUGUGAUUGUGAUAUUGCAGAGAUAAUUUUGGAGAUGGAGAAUGUGUCAACACUAGAGGGGCUUAAAGAUGUUGCAGCCAAGCACUGCAACCUUCUGCAUGUGGCAGGAUGUUACCGCUAUUUACAAAAUCUGCAAGACAGAGAUGUACUUGUACAAGACUUCAUGAAGUGGUAUGUUUGUGGCCGAACAAGAAAUUCCCUGGAAAGGUUAAAAGAGGGAUUGAAGACGCUUGGUGUGCUUGACGCCAUUGUUGCACAUCCUGUUCUUUUUGCCAAUUCAUUUUGCUGGAGGGAGGAAGUGCUCACAUCUGAACAGUUUUCAGAAUUGUUCAAAAUAUCAUUCAGCACUGCUGGAAGUAAUAAAAGACGUGAGGAACAAAGAAUUGUGGGCUAUUGGAGAGAUUACCUACAGGAUGUGGAAGAUGCGGAUUCCAGCGUGUCAUUAAGACAGAUUCUAGCAUUCAUUACAGGAGCAGACAAAGAGCCACCUCUUGGUUUUCAACCACAACCGUCUGUUGAGUUCCUGCAUGAGAAUAAUGAAGGAUAUAUCUCCAACUUUCCACAAGCUAACACAUGCUGCAAUAUUUUAAAGCUACCAAUUUUGAAGUCCUUUGAUGAAUUUAAGAAGCAGAUGGAUUUUGCUAUUCUCAACUCUCCAGGCUUUGGUCACCCCUGAGGCAGUCCUUCAUACUCUUACCAACUCCAUGUUCAGUUGGACAGUUUGGGACAGUUCAGGCUUUUUAACUCGCAUCUCAAUGCAUUUAGGUAUGUUUUACUCGGGUACCUCAUUACUUGUUUAAGAGAAGUAGUACUGCACUUAACAGAAUGCAAUGAAGUGUGAGUUAAAAAGCCUGAACUGUCCCACUGAACAUGGAGUCAUAUGGUCACCUUAAGUAUAAAACAGUUCAGUGCAAAUGUUUGGGACAACCACACUAUUGUACAAUUAUUUUUGUUUUGGUUAAUUUAACAAGAUGUGGUUGUAAACCAGUUUUUGAACACAUGGUUGUUUAGUCUAAAUGCAAGUUAAUAAGCGUCUUCAUUGAUUUUAUAAGGCACCUGCAGCCAGAAAGCAGUUGCAUAUUUAUAGAAAGGGUUGCCAUUGUUCUCAUGUCCUCAGUGAGCCACCAUAGAAAUGUUUGUGUAGUAGCAGCUAUUUGUUUGCAAAAUGUAAUUGUGUCAACAAUGUAAUUCACACAUUUUUAGUUAAUGAAAGAUACGUUUUCAUAAUUAUAGAUGUGGGUAUGCAAACUUUUCUUAACAAAAAGGAAUGUAAUGUGACUGUUUGCCAAAUUUGCUUAUAGACAAAUGGUCUCAAAAGACAAAUUCAUUUUAUUACAAUUUCUUCAUAGAUAGUCAAUAUCAAUCAUAUUAUUUACCUUUUCUGCAAAUGGAUUUCAAAUGUUUGCCCGCGAUUGCAGUUUAACAAAAACAGGAAGUGCACAGAAAUGUAUUGUUUUAUUUUAAAAUAAUUGUUUCACACUGAAUUUAGUUACCUAAACAAUUUGCUCAUACUCCAGAAGUUUACAUGUGUAUACAUGGUGUCCUGCUAUAAUAAUUUGGCCAUCCCGAUAAAUUGUUAGUUAAUGUUAGUUUGGUUCUGAAAUUGACUAAUAAAAACAAAAGCGAUAUACUUUAUUGUAGCGCUUGGUUGAGCCACCUUUUGCAGUGCAAAGAGCCUCUAACCUGCAUUGAAUCUACUAGGUGUUGCGUCAUUCUUUGGUCCAGGUUUCUCCAGAUCGGUGCGAGUCUCCUUUAGUUCCAACAUAUUGGUGUGUGGGAUGUGGAUGGGUUUAUCUCCGCUGACGAGCCAGGCACUUACACAGGUGCUCAAUUGGAUUUGUGUCUGGGCUGUGGGGCACCCAUGGAAGUUCAAUGCCUUCAUUCCUUUUCAGACUGUGGCCACACAAGACACACUACUAGAUGUUUAUUGAAGGAUAUCUCAAUUCUGCACGGUGCAUUAACAUUUGAAAGAAAAAUCUAUUGCUGUGCCAAGAUUUGAUGCCCAUACUCUUCAGAAGGAUAGCGCUACAUACCACUCCUUACAUGUGACCAGUCCGGAAGAGAAAUCAAAUCAAAGCAUUCCACUUUUUUCCCCUCGGUGCUCCAAAGCCCAGACAUCAGUCCGAUUGAGCACCUGUGGCAGUAUCUGGAUUGUGAGCAGCGAGCUACCAAUCCCAAG